AUGGCUUCGUCAGGCGAACCUGAAUCCAACUAUGCCGUCUUCCGCGAGUGCGUCUCUAGCGUUAUCAUCGCAAGGAGCAACCAGCAUAAACCAAGCAAGGCACCCAAGCGGAGAUCAAAUCGGUCGAAGAACACGAAAAAGAAGAGCAAAGCAGAAAGUUCUACGGAUGAAUUGAAGAAUUCCAACGCAGCUGAUGAUGAUGAAAACCCAGAAGAGCUGGCAGAUUUUAUUGAUUUCAUAGCGUCAGAAAUCUUCACCACCUUCCCGGAACCUCUCCAAUGCCUCUCCUACUCCGCAAUUCAACACUCUCCCGCCCUUUCAGAAAUAUACUCCGUGCCCCUCAGGGCCUCCAGCAUCGAAUCCCUGUCCAACCCCAUCCCCAGCACUGUAACAGACACAUUAUCCACGUACACCCCCGACCUCGAGGCCCCCUCACUCCUCGACAAGGCUCUAACUGAGUAUAUCCCAUCCGUAACACGCCCACCGCCAAUUUGGGUAAGCACGCGCGCCGAGGCCUGCGAAAUCUGCGAGCGCGACUGGAUCCCACUCUCCUAUCACCAUCUUAUUCCGAGGGGCGUGCAUGACAAGGUCAUAAAGAAGGGGUGGCAUGAUGAGUGGAUGUUGAACAGUGUUGCUUGGUUGUGCCGGGCUUGUCAUAGUUUUGUGCACCGCAUGGCGAGUAAUGAGGAGCUGGCAAGGGAGUGGUUUACUGUGGAGAGGAUUUUAGAGAGAGAAGAUGUGAGGGACUGGGCGAAAUGGGUGGGGAGGGUUCGGUGGAAGGCUAGAUAA